AUGGCGUCCGGUAUUGGACAUCGCUUGGAUAUACGCGAUCUCGCACCUGAAACAGGCUCCUCUGGCACUGCUCCUCGUGAGCUUGUUCAGAAGUGCCUUACUGAGAAAUACGGAGUCUUACGAAGAAUUCUCCACAAGGUUGGUUCCACGCAGAAGAUUGAAGGUCUCGAUAAUGACUAUAUGAUUAAUGUCAUCUACAAUCGAUUCGCCUUGAACGGAAUUAGUUACAGUAUCCACUUCUUCAUCGGCAAGGAAAGUGACAUUUUCAAAUCUCCCGCGGAUUACAAGCUCAGCGUUGAUUACAUCGGCGGUAUCCACACAUUUUCCUCCGAUUAUUGGACUCGCGGCAACAAGAACGGCGUCAACUGCGAGAACUGCCAGAAGCAGCAAAAGAUUCAUCAGCUGUCGAAGGGCCAGGUCCCAGUCACUCUUGCGCUCCUGCAGCGAGCGCUGAACAAGGAUGAGAGAUGGGCUGCCAUUAGCCAUCUUGGAAAAGACCAUGUUGUUGAAUACAUGGCUAAGCAUCUCCAUUGGAGAGCUGUCGCUGUGCCAAAUCAACUGCUUAAGACGGAUGAUCUGCCCGAUCUCAAGGCUUUCUUCAAGGUUGGAAAGGCGGAGCAUCCAGAAGAUCCAGCUAAGUCAUCCAAGUACUUUGGCUAUGAACAUCGAUGGAAAUUUAUCAAGGAUAAGCUUAGAGGAGCGAAGCCGGAGUAG